CUCCUGGGCAUCCCCUCUGCUUUCAGGGUCCUGUCUCUCCCCAUAACUCCUUGCAUUUCUGACCCUCUCUGCUCCUCGGUCUGUCUGCCUGUGACACAUGCUAUUCCCGUCCCAACCCAAGAACCUCUCGGCCAGGAGUCCUCUGGGCCCCCAGGCAGCCGGCCCCCAGCAGGAAUGGGCAUGAAGAUGCUGAUUGUGGCACUGAUCCUGAAGGCUGCAGCCUGGGCGGAGGAACAGAAUAAGGUGUUGCACGGUGGACCCUGUGAGCAGACAUCUCACCCCUACCAAGCUGCCCUCUACACGUCAGGCCACUUGCUCUGCGGAGGGGUCCUCAUUCACCCGCUGUGGGUCCUGACCGCUGCCCACUGCAAGAAACCGAAUCUUCAGGUUUACCUGGGGAAGCACAACCUUCAGCAAAGGGAGAGUUUCCAGGAGCAGAGCUCUGUUAUCCGGGCUGUGGCCCACCCUGGCUACAAUGCUGCCACUCACGACCAGGACAUCAUGCUGUUGCACCUGGCUCGACCAGCAAAAUUCUCUGAACGCAUCCAGCCCCUCUCCGUGGAGGAAGACUGUUGGGCCAACCACACCAGCUGCCACAUCCUAGGCUGGGGCAAGACAGCAGAUGGUGAUUUCCCUAGCACCAUCCAGUGUGCAUACAUCCACCUGGUGUCCCGUGAGGAGUGUGAGCGUGCCUACCCCAGCCAGAUCACCCAGAACAUGGUGUGUGCCGGGGAUGAGAAGUACGGGAAGGAUUCCUGCCAGGGUGAUUCCGGGGGUCCGCUGGUGUGUGGAGACCAGCUCCGAGGCCUUGUGUCAUGGGGUAAUGUUCCCUGUGGAUCCAAGGAGAAGCCGGGAGUCUAUACCGAUGUUUGCAGAUAUAGCCGCUGGAUCCGAAAAACCAUUCAGGCCAACUAACCCUGACAUGUGACACCCAACUCUUGA